AUGCCGAAAGCCCUAAUCCUGGUGGCCGAUGGUUCGGAGGAGAUUGAGUUCGUGACGCCUUACGAUGUCCUCACACGAGCCGGCUUCGAGGUAAUAUCCGCGGGUGUGAAUCUCAAGGAGUACUACGCGCAGUACGUGCCUGUUGCCACCUCUAUGCUAGGAAUCAGCAUGACUCGCAACGUCCGCAUCAUCCCAGACUUUCCUACCCUCCUUAGUCUUGGCGACAAAUCUGUGCACGAACACUACGACAUACUUAUCCUGCCGGGCGGCGGCCCAGGGGCAAAGACCUUCGCGAGUUCUGAGCCUGUGCUCGAUAUGAUCAACGCGUUUCAGACUGCGGGGAAGCAUGUAGCUGCUAUUUGUGCUGGAACGACGGCGCUGGUGGCGGCUCAGAAGAAGCAUGGGGGUGAUAAGAGCAGGGUCACGAGUCAUCCUAGUGUGAGGGGGGAGGUGGAAAAGAAGGGUGGCUGGGAGUAUAGCGAGGAGAGAGUUGUGGUUGAUGGGAAGGUCAUCACGAGUCGAGGGCCGGGAACUGCGCUACUCUUUGCGCUCACGAUUGUGGAGGCACUCGCUGGGAAGGAGAAGAGGGAUGAGGUCGCAUCACCAAUGGUUGUGGCUGAAACGUUGUAG